AUGUCUUCAGCACAACAAUCUUCUGGCGCCACAUGGACGCCAGGCGACUUUGAACACCCGAACGAGGACAUUCGCCGGCCUAUCAAGAUCGCGCUUGUGUUUGCUUUCACAUUGUCUACACUCGCCGUUGUUCUGCGUCUUGUGGCCAGACGAAUGACUGGAAGCAGGCUUUUCCUAGAUGAUUAUCUGAUUCUGGUGGCUCUGUUCUUCAAGUAUGCAUGCUCCAGUGGAGUUGUUACCCUUCUGUACAAUGGUCUCGGAUCACACAUUACCAUGAUUCCACCCAAGAAUCUGGUUUUUUACUUCCAGAUCGGAUACUCCAAUAACUUCGUCUACACCAGUUGCGUGGCGUUCGUGAAGUUCUCCAUCUUGGCACUUUACAAGCGUCUGUUCGCAAUUCGAUACAUGGUAGUUGGUGUGCAUAUAAUGACUGUCGUUGUCCUGCUCUGGGUAGUCGGCGUCUUCGUUUCGGGUGCUCUUCUUUGUAUCCCGGCGAACAAGUUCUGGGACCAAUCCAUCCCAGGAGCCUGCCUUAACCCAUACAAGUUCUACUAUGGCAUUCAGAUCCCAAACAUUCUCUGUGAUCUCAUCAUCCUCCUCAUGCCGGCGAAGGUUGUUUGGUCAUUGCCCGUCCCAAAAUCUCAGAAGGUGCUUCUGUCGGGUAUUUUCCUUGUUGGUGGCCUAACUUUCGUUUUCGAUAUUGCCCGAUUGUAUGCCAUGAUCAAACUGCUCGAUGCCGGCCCUGAUAUCACUUACCACCAAGUCCCAGUCGUCGUAUGGACCUGCAUUGAAGCCACAGUCGGUAUUAUUGCAGCCUGUCUGCCCAAUCUCAGACCUCUAUUCAAGCUGGGCAAGUCUGGCUUCUGGUCCCAACUCCGGUCCACAGGUCGCACAUCCGAAAGGACUCUUGUCUCCAACAAGUCUGGAACUAUGAACUCAAACGAGACUAUGAGCAGUAUUCAGAAGCCAAAUACUGUUACUUCCUAUGUGGCUGAGGAGAGCAUUGAGAUUGCCGGGUACAACAAUUUCGGCAAGGCUGGAAAGGUGUAA